UGAGGACAAAACUCUCACACACUCUGAGACAACGGCACAUUGUUCACACACACACACUCUGAUCCCCGCCGCUGGAUUCUGGAUCACCUCAGGAUUUACUCAGGACCGUUACCCACCAUGCACCUCAAGAGCCAGUCUGAGCAGCAGGGGCCCCCUCAGGUUGGGGCCCCUCGGCGGAGCUCCAGGACCAGGGGGGUGUCGGCGCCGCGCCGCCCGCCGAUGGGAGCCCCAUCCUGGAUGAGCCUGCUGCUGGGGGCCCUGCUGGUUCCUGGAGCCUGGAGCUUCCUGAGCGAGUCGGAGGAGGAGCUGCUGGUGGAGAUGCACAACUUCUACAGAGGACGGGUUUCCCCCAGCGCGUCGGCCAUGAUGCCCCUGAAAUGGGACCCCAACCUGAAGCUGGUCGCAGAGAGCUACGUUACUAAAUGCAUCUGGAACCACAACCCGGAGCUGGACGACACCGGGGAGAAUCUGUAUGUGAGCAGCGGGCCUCUGGACCUCCGAGACGCUCUGGAGAAAUGGUUCCUGGAACAUUUGAACUUCGACUACCAGAACAACAGCUGUGAUGAAGACAAGAUGUGUGGGCACUACACACAGAUGGUUUGGGCCGACACACACCGGGUCGGAUGUGCGUUCCAUCUCUGCAACACGAUGGAGGGACUGGACUGGGAGCGAGUGUCCUUCCUGGUCUGCAACUACUUCCCAGCGGGGAACUUUGAGGACCAGCGGCCGUACGUUGAAGGCGAUUGGUGCUCCAGCUGUCCAGAAAACCUGCAGAAGUGUGAGAACAAUCUGUGCGGUCCUGACGUGGAGGAAGAGGAGGAGGUCACCGUGGGGUCAUCUGAUCCGCCUCCUGCUGCGAGUCCUUCAUCAACAUUCACUGCUGCUCCUGCUGCCAUGACUCCCAGAGCUCCCAGUACCCCCAGUAUGACCCCCACGGCUCGCAGCGCUGCAGACUCGCCUCCUCCAGGAACCGUGCAGCAGGAAGUCUUCUUCCCUGCCACAUCCAGAGCGCCGCGGGAGGAAGAGGAGGCUGAGAAGAGGGAGGAGAGAGUCAUCAGGAAGCAGGAGAUCUGGCAGAAAACGUUUCCUCGGUCCAACGUCUCGGCUGGUUCCGGUUCUGUGAGCACGGCGCCGGUCCUGCUGGCCGGCCUGGCCGGACUCCUGACUCUGUGGCUGUGAGCAGAACCAGGAGAACCGCCGCUGACCCUUAAUAAUUCACAAGCUGCUGUUUUAACUGAGUCUGGACUGGAAACUGAUUCAGCCUGAACGGAACCAGAACCAGAACCAGAACCAGAACCAGACCUGGGGCAAAACGAGCUGAUCUGACGGGAACAAACACAAACAGGAGAUCGGAAACUGGAAAAAUAAGAGUUUCCCACUGGAAGCAGGUUUACCUGCCGAAGCUGGUCAAUUAGAAAAGAUGUCUCACUCUUGUGAAAAUCUCACAUUUAAAACGAAUCUGCGGACUUCCGUUGUAAAGUUACACAGUCAGAAAUAACAGCAAUAAUUUGGGCUACUUGUCAUAAAAAUUGGAUUCAUAUUUCAGUCAUUAUUUCAUUAGCAGCUGCUACAGUUAGCAAGCUAAUGAUUUAGCUAACAAGCUAGAUAUCUAGACUAAAACUACAUAUUUAGCUUCAAACUAUUUAGCAAACUAAAUAUUAAGCGAGCAAGCCAAAUAUUUUAUUAGCAAGCUAAAUAGUUAGACUUAAAAUGAAUAUUUAGCUUCAAAUUUCACAUUGCGUUUGAAGCUAAAUUUGAUUUUUAACUCAUUCUUUUUAUUCAAACUAAAUAUUUACCUCAGAGCUAAAUUAGCAAAUAUGGAUAUUAAAUUUCUGCAUUCCAUUUAUCGAUGUGUGAAUUUGCAGUUUAGCCAAAUAUUUAGCUAAAACUGUGACAUAAAUAAAUGAAUGGAACGAAAAAAAUAUGACUUUGGAAAAUUAAAGCCCCAUUUUAUUCUUUUACGCUAAAUAAUUC